UCGUCGCUAGCUCUUCUUCUUGCAAUGACAAGAUCAUCGCUGCUAGUAUUGCUCUUCGCAGCAGCAUUGCUCGUCGCUGGUAGCUCUCCCCCGACCGUCUCUACCUGGGAAGGUUGCCUCGUCUCCCAGAACGCUUCCUACAUUCCCUUUGGCAUCCCCGAGGCGGACGCCGAGGGGCUCCAGCUCGCGCUCAACGUCGAGUACCUGGAAGCCGAGUUCUUCCUGUGGAGUGCUUUCGGACACGGCCUCGACGUUAUCAUCCCCGGCCUCUCCGGCGGAGGAUCACCUCCCGUAGGAGCUCAGCUCGCAAACUUGGAUGAGUUUACCAGAGACUUGUCCGCUCAGUUCGGCUACCAGGAGAUCGGCCACCUCAGGGCCAUCAAGGACACUCUAGGCUCGGCCGCGUUCCGCCGUCCUGUCCUGGACCUCAGCAGUGCAAACUGGGCGGCCUUCUUCGACAGAGCCCUGGGUGGCAGCCUCAAUCCUCCUUUCGACGUCUACGCCAACAGCCUCAACUUCCUGCUCGCUUCUUACAUGAUCCCUUACAUCGGCCUCACUGGUUAUGUCGGAGGAAACACCAAUCUCCAGAGCUCCACGGCCAAGCGGCUUGUUGCAGGCCUGCUGGGUGUCGAGUCGGGGCAGGACGCAGUGAUCCGGGCCUAUCUCACUGAGCAUGCCGAGCGCAUAGUUUCACCGUACAGCUUCACUGUUGCAGAGGUGACCGCAAGGCUUUCCAACUUCCGUAGCACCAUAGACCAUUCCUACGGCGUGAAUGACGAGGGAAUUCACGUUCCGCUGUGUCUUGGAGCCGAAGGCAGGACCACCCAAAACACCCUCGUCGGUGACGACUACUCUGUUUCGUACUCUCGCACCCCGGCUCAAGUCCUGUCCAUUGUCUACCGGACUGGGAAUCCUUCGUGUCCUGGCGGCUUCUUUCCACUAGGAGCUCUAGGAACUAUAGCUACAAGCUUCUUGUCAGAAGGUUGCGGCCAAGCAUGAAACGCAUCCCUCGUACCU